CAUAAUUUCAAAAACAGAUAUUCUCACAAAACAUCCUUAAGCAGAUCAAUACCAUUUAUGGUUUCAGUAUUAAAUGUUAUUUGGUUAUCAAUACAUGUGUGGUAAUUCACCAUUUAUGUUGCUGGUAUGCUGGGCCCAUGUGUGUGUGUAAUAUGAUUAAGACUUGAUCAAUAUACAGGGGGUGUAGAAUAUGCUGGAAAUUCCUCAUAAAUGUGGGGACACUUAUAAUCUACCCCACUUCGACUGACUUUUAUUCCGCCAUUUAAUUUAGACAUAAAAAAAAACAACCCCAUUUAAUAUAUACAGCGAUGAUGGCUUCAUUUGCUUACUGUAAAUCAUAUGUGAUGUCACGCCUGAGGUAGCCGUCUGUGGCCGUGAGGGAAGAAAGGCAAUGUGGUACAAGCCAUGUGGGUUACAGAUCAGUGUGGACCUACAGCCUUAGUAUCCCAGGGAUCCAUUUAGCCUCGAGUAUUCUCAGUUAGCGAGGUGCUGGUGCUGGUGGUACACUUAGUUUUUUCUGUCAUUUGAGGGAGCACCUAUCUACUCACAUGGGAUUAUAAUGAUUUUCUAGGGACCAAACUAUAACACUGCCGGGAUGCUGUCGCAGUACAUGUGAAGUCUCAAUGUGAAACAGAAACAGCUAAAUGAUGGAGGAACUUAAGGGAAAGAACAAAGAUGUAUAAGACUUUGAGGGACCAGGAACAAGUGUUAACAGGACUCAGAAUGACUUAACGUAGCUGACUAGGACAGAAUUGACGCAUGAGAGUGGACUGUGAGAUUGACCAUUCGGGAGCAUGGAGAGAAAAUGUAUCUUGAUGAUAUGGGUGUGUAGCCUUGUGUUGCUAGGCGCCAAGUUACUACACGGAGAAAAUGUAUACUCAAAACAGGAGGCAAAUCUUUUGCCUCUGUCAGGAAGUAGAACUACACCAUUUCUCAAUCAUAUGGUGAUACAUAAAAAUCUCUUAUAUAUUGGCGCUGUCAACGGGAUAUUUAAACUGAGCUUCAGUUUGACUGUUUUGGCUAAUGUGUCAACAGGUCCACAGAAUGAUAGUGCCCUCUGUGACCUGCCUCCAUCCAGGGAUCGGUGCAUGCAUAAAAAAUCCCUGCGUGACAAUGUCAACAAAGUGCUUCUUAUCCACGAGCCAAAAGGAGAGCGCCCCAUCCUCAUUACAUGCGGUAGUGUUUUCCAAGGAGCCUGUGAAACUAGAUUCUCCAAUAACCUUCAUGUAAGCAGAAAGUACUACGGUCAGUUGGACAGUAUGACCAAUGAUCUCCCUUUACAGGAUGUGUAUGCCAUAGCGGCAGAUACUGAAAAUGGUUCAACAGUGGCCUAUAUAGCACCUGGAAUGAGCGGCAAUGACGUCAUGUACAUUGCUUCCACGUACACUGGUACUAAUAAUCGCCUCAUCCGACAAAACAUUCCAGCCAUAAGUACGCGUAAACUUAGUCCAAGAGACAAAAUUUUCAGCUAUAACAACAUUGACACCUCACCAAUCACGCCGCGUGCCUCGAGUGUUUCGAUCAAGGCGAGUAUACGUACUACAUUUCUUGUGAAUUACGUUACUGGAUUUACAUCAGGAAAUUUUAGUUACUUCGUGACAACACAGCCAUCACAAAAUAAAGACAGUCCGAAUACAAUCACGAAACUUAUCCAUUUGUGUCAACAGGACCAAUGGCUCACUUCUUAUGUGGAUUUACCUUUAGUAUGUAAAACAGAGAGAGGCAAAGUGUUCAACAAAGUGACGUCUGCUCGUGUGAUCCAGCCAGCAAAAAUUCUUCAGAAGUCCAUGAUGCUCCAGCCUGGCGCAGAGGAGGUUCUAGUUGCUACGUUUACAGAUGACGCUGAGAGGAACUCUGCUGUGUGUCUGUUCGGGAUGGGAGAGGUUCGCAGGAAAGUUGUCGCCAAUGUGAGGCUGUGCAGAACAGGGAACUCAUCGGCAAACGGAAACAAAUACAUAGAGAGUGGAUCUGAAUGUAAAUUAGUUGACAUGAUGGAAAGUGAUGAGUCAUUGCUGUGUUUCACAGUCAUGUCACAGAAAUUCACCCGAAUAGCCGGCAUCUUACCAGUAGAGGCUCAACCUGUCCUUGUAUACAAAAAUACGACCUUGACAUCCAUCGCCCUGUCAACCACAACAGAUUUUACUGUCGCUUUCCUUGGAACAAACUAUGGGAACAUCAAAAAGAUUGUCAUCAACUCCAACUUGAGUGCCACAGAAUACGACCAGAAUCUGCAGACAGACUUGACCAUUGACCCUCGUAGUUCUAUCAACAAGGACAUGCAGCUUGACCCUACCAAUCAGUACCUCUUUGCUAUGAGUGAUAAAGUGGUUGCCAAACUGCGUGUGGAAAAUUGUCAGCGCCACUCCAGUUGUCAUGAAUGUCUGUCGAGCCAGGAUCCCUACUGUGGCUGGUGUACCCUGGAAAACAGAUGUACUGUCAGAGGCGCCUGUUCUAACCACGAUGUUGACCGAUGGGCAAACGGUCAAGUUGGAAACUGCAUCACUAUUAUGGACAUUUCUCCUCCCAGUGCCUCAGCCUCCGUAGUCAUCAAGUUGAAUGGUUCUUUGAUUGUCCAUCUGUCCAUCCUGAAGCUACCCAGAAUGACCAACUACAGCUGUGUGUUUGCUCUGGAUAAUGGACCGUGGUCAGUUCCAGCUGAGCGAUGGUCGUACGGUCUUACCUGUCAGACUCCAAAUGUUACCAACUUUGGCCUUCUGUUUGGAGAAGCAGGUCACCGUGAUAUAAAAUUAUCGAUCAACUCCACAGAGACUGGUAAAUUGUUUGUGUCCAAGAACUUCACUUUCUACAACUGCGGAGCAUUCAGAAGCUGCAGUCCAUGUACAGACAACCGCUGGUCAUGUGACUGGUGUGUUUACGAGAACAAGUGUCUGUUUAACUCUGGCAAUUGUGACGCCCGCGGCAUCAUCGUGAGUCGAAAUGAGACAGAUGAUGAUAACUCGACAAAAUACUCUGGCGAGGGAAGACGAGGGCCCAACCACUGUCCUCGCGUUGACAGGAACAAGACUGAACCUGUCUACAUCCCUAAUGAAAAAGCCAAGCCUAUUACCAUACAAGGGUUCAACUUUCCAGAGCACCUUCCUGGGAUGGAGGGAUACCGUUCUGAGUUACAUAUUCGUAAUCCUUCGUUAGUUGUGCGUGCCAAUUGUGACCGCUUGGAUAGCGAAAUCAUCAGGUGCCAUAUUCCACAGAGAAGUUACACAUUCAAGACUGGGAAAUUCCAAGCUGAUCUGAGGAUCUUUUUUGGAAAUAACACAGAGGUGGAAAAUGAUGCAACUCAAGUGACUAUAUACAGCUGUACCAAACUCGGUAAGGGAGAUUGUAGUUACUGUAAGUACAUGCAGCACUAUGAAAUACAACUAGACUGUGCCUGGUGUCAGGGUAUGUGCGAGUAUCGGGAGUUCUGUGCGGACACUCGAGCUCAGAUCUGGAGCAGUGGCGACACCUGUCCACCUCCUCGGAUCCUAAGUAUCAACCCUAAUAACGGACCCAAAAUGGGAGGCACUCGUGUGACCUUGACAGGGAUUAACCUUGGAACAGAGUUCAAGGACAUUCAGAACAAUGUGUCCAUUGCGGGAGUACCUUGUAGACCCAUCAGGGAUCUCUACAGACCCUCACAAAGGAUCGUGUGUGUCAUCGGUGCCAGUGAACGUGGGGACAAAUCAGGGGGCGUAACUGUCCUCAAUUAUGUCUUCAAUAAGAUAAACUUCCACUACCUAAGCCCCUCUAUAGAAAAGGUAACACCCGCCCAUGGCCCCAAGUCGGGCGGAUCUGUCAUCACCAUUAAGGGAUUACAUCUCAACGCCGGGAACAGCAUCUCCAUCACCAUCAACAAUCGGACCUGUGACAUCAUUGGACAUGCAGGUCAAAAGUCAGUUAUUUGUACCACACCUGCCAGUGAACAAACCGGAGAUGAAAUGAUCCGAGCGAGUAUCGAUGGUAACAACAUCUAUGGUUCACUCAUGUUCCGUUACUAUGACGACCCGACGAUUAAGAGUAUCUCUCCUGUUCGCAGCUUCUUAAGUGGAGGAAGGAACAUUACUGUAGUCGGCACUAACUUCACUUGUAUACAAAGACCACAGAUGUUCACUGUUGUAGCUUCACGUCGCAGCAAGGAAUCUGACUGUUACAUAUUGAAUUCGACAAUGAUGAAGUGCCCUACACCUCACAUGAACUUUCAUGACGAAUUGGAACGACUUGAUCGACUGCGGAGGUCAACACAGCAGCUGUCUGCCCAGAUUGGUUUUAUCAUGGACAAUGUGAUGUCAGUGCAAAAUUUGUCUCAUAACUUCCCUGGAGUGGCCAGCUCCCUGGAAUAUUUCCCUGAUCCCCAGGUGUUCAACUUCACUGAGCAGGGAGGAGAAAAGGAGUUCAAGGGCGAAGUUCUCAUUAUCAGGGGCCAAGGUUUGAAUGUGGCAGCCAGCAAAGAGGAUGUGACUGUGAUGAUAGGGGAGAAAAUGUGUAAUGUCACGAAUCUCGUGGAAAAUGAGAUUUACUGCACGCCGCCGACCACUCAACCUCAAAACAUCCAGCACAAUGGAGUUCUGUCUAACAGCAAUGCUCCACAAGUCAUUGUGAAGAUUGGUAAUCGCGAGUACCAAAUUGGGUUCCUUGCCUAUGAAACCCCAAUCCCUGAAGGAAGCAUGCUCGGGUACAUACUCGGCGGUGCAGCGGCCAUUGCCUUUGUCAUCAUAAUAGCUGUCCUCCUAUUUGCUUGUUUCUACCACCGCCAAAAGAAUAGAUCCAAACGAGAGUUCAGGAAAAUGCAGAUACAACUUGAUUCACUUGAAAGCAAUGUCCGAAAUGAAUGUCGACAAGCGUUUGCGGAGCUGCAGACAGACAUGACCGACCUCACAAAUGACCUGGAUGCCAGUAAAAAGCCGUUUUACAGCUUCGAGAGCUACACCUUCAAUGUUCUAUUCCCAGGCAUGCUUGAUCAUGUGAUCCUCCAUCCACCUAUGCAAAAGAAUGGAAACAUUGAUCGCCAUCCAGAUAUUGGGAUUGUCCACUUCAACCAGUUGCUACAGAAUAAACACUUUCUCCUCUUACUCAUCCGAACCCUGGAGAGACAGAAAAGUUUUAGUAUUAGAGACAAGUCCAAUGUUGCCUCACUGCUGAUGAUUCUUUACCAGAACAAUAUGGAGUAUGCUACAGAAAUUUUGAAAACACUGCUGGCAGAUUUGAUAGAGAAAUCCGUUGACAGCAGACAUCCAAAACUCAUGUUGAGAAGGACGGAGUCAGUUGUAGAAAAACUGCUGGCUAACUGGCUGUCUCUGUGUUUGUAUAAAUACUUAGUGGAAGAGUCGAAUUUCCCAGACUCUGCAGGGUCGUCUCUGUACAUACUGUAUAAAGCUAUCAAGGUGCAGGUGGAGAAGGGGCCGAUAGAUCAUGUGACCUGUGAUGCACGGUACUCGCUGUCCGAGGAUCGUCUGUUGAGGACGGAGUGUAAACUAGAGGUAGAAAUGCUGAACCUGAACGUGGAGUAUGAGGGCAAGCGAUUCAAGUGCCGAGUUUUAGACUGUGAUACUAUAACACAAGCCAAAGAGAAGAUGCUGGACACAAUAUUCCGAAACUUUGCGUAUUCCCAGAGGCCAUUAGCUUCAGAACUAGAUUUAGAAUUAAGUAACAGCGGCCGUAUGAUGUUAGAUGAGGACAAUACUACCAUAAAAGUGGAGGGCUGGAAACAGCUAAAUACCUUACAACACUACAAGGUGUUGGAUCACUCCGAGAUGGUUCUCACUCAUCAUCAGAACUGCCGAACCAUGCCACGCUCUCCCAAUGGGUCAGUCCACUCCAUGGGCUUUACCCACAGAGAUGCUGCUCCCAUCGCCCGCAACGAGAACGAGGUCGGCACAAAAAUCUGGCAUCUGGUUAAACAACAUGAUGACUGUAACAACGGAGGAGGUCUCAAGAUGAGUUCAGAGAUUUACCUCACACGCCUGCUGGCCACCAAGGGAACCCUGAAACAGUACAUAGAUGAUUUCUUUGAGAUGGUCCUCAAGGUAGACAGCAGUAUGCCACCAGUCAUCAAGUACUUGUUUGACAUGAUGGACCAGGCUGCUCAACGCUACAACAUUACCGACCCGGAUGUGGUGCAUACCUGGAAGUGUAACAGUUUGUUGUUGCGGUUCUGGGUCAACAUAAUUAAGAAUCCCAAUUUUGUAUAUGACAUACAAAAACCCAGCAUUGUGGAUUCCUGUCUCUCAGUGGUGGCUCAGACCUUCAUGGACAGCUGCUCAACCUCCGAACACAGACUCGGCAAGGAUUCCCCUUCCAACAAGCUCCUGUUUGCUAAAGAUAUUCCAAAGUACCGUAAGUGGGUAGAAAAGUACUUCAGCGACAUCCAGGCCCUACAAUCGGUUAGCGAUCAGGACCUGAACGCCUACCUGGCCGAAGUUUCUCGGAUGAGCACUGGCCAUUUUACCAAGGAAAAUGCCUUGUAUGAGCUGUACAACUAUGUACAGAAAUACAAUAAUGAGAUUAAUGAGAGUUUGGAGAUGGAUGGUUUUGCCAACGCCCAACAACUUCCCGCCAAAUUAGGUCAUGUGAUCACUGCAAUGGAGGGACCGAGUCCGUACAUGCGAGACUAUGUAUGACCGGAUCAGGGGUCACGACCUCAUUGUUCACCUUCACCAGAUAUUCACCAAUGCCGUGUCUUUCAUCUUUUUGGGAACAGUAUCACAUCACAACUACUGGACUUGUUUAAAGAGUGUGUGUUGUACGACUGCAGAUCUAACAAGAUCGCGAAUAAUUGUAUCGGCAGAUGAUAUGCCGAAGUGUAUUUGUAUAUUUUGAUUUUUACCAAGGGAGAUGUUCUAUCAUCGUAUAUUUAACUGCAACAGUAUGUAUACAUCACUUUGUCAUGUGAUAGGUGUCUGUAACACCACUAGAUUAAUAUAUAGCAUAUAUAUAUAUGUGUUUGUUCAUUACGAUUUGUCUGUAAGUGUCGAUGUCUUUGUCCAUGCCAUUAGAGAUCAUUAACGUGACGGUCUAUGCAGAAACUUUGUUCAAUAAGUACCAAAGACUAAGAGAAUAUGAUGCCACUUCCCUUUGAAUGUGUACAACUUCAAAGUUCUAUUAUACAAUAUGAAUAUAUUCUACAAAUAAACUGAGGGAGAAAUAUUCAUCUACAAAACUGAACUUAGAAACACAGUGCUGAUUUGUAGUCAAACUGCUGAUUGUGUAUUCUACAAACUUUUCACCAUGUAGAUAGGGCAAAAUAAGUUUCAUUUAACAGCUUCAUGCAUAUUCAUACACAUUCAUUACCAUUACCAAUCUCAUGAAUAUUCAUUCAUGAUAAAUCACUAUAUUUAUUCAUUAUCAUAUUAACAUUCAAACAUAAUUAUAUAAAUUUGGAGCUAUGUGAAUAUUCAUACAUAAUAAUGCACUUAUAUAUAUUCAUUUUCAUAUAUGUUCGUAAUACCAAAUACAUUUAGUCAAUAUAGUAAUAUAAAUUUGGAGCCAUCAUGAAUAUUCAUGCAUCAUAAUUUGCUAAUAAUUCAUGCAUAUUUAUGAUUAUGCAAUAGUCACUUAUUCAUGUUUGUUUAUUCAUAUACAAUAUCACCUGGUGAUAUUCAUAGAUGUUGAUAACUAUGUUGCGUUGAUUUCCAGAUACUGUAGAUGUAAGAUAUCAUGCUAUGAUUAUGCCGUAUUUAUGUACAGAAACAGUGGGCUCAUUGAUAAAAAUCAUACAACUUGGUGCUUUUUAUUUAUCCUUAUAUUGCAAUUGUGUUUUGCUUGUACGUCUGUGAGCAAUUAAUAAUCAUUGAGUAUGGUAAUAAUAUCACUAACAUGUAAAUGGGUGUGGUACAUCUGUUUAGGUGGAUUUACCUGGUACAUCUGUAUAGGUGGAUUUACCUGGUACAUCUAUAUAUAGGUGGAUUUACCUGGUACAUCCAUAUAGGUGGAUUUACCUGGUACAUAUGUAUAGGUGGAUUUACCUGGUACAUCUAUAUAAGUGGAUUUACCUGGUACAUAUAUAUAUAGGUGAAUUUACCUGGUACAUCUAUAUAAGUGUAUUUACCUGGUACAUCUAUAUAGGUGGAUUUACCUGGUACAUCUAUAUAUAGGCGGAUUUACCUGGUACAUCUAUAUAGGUGAAUUUACCUGGUACAUCUGUAUAUUGAUUUACCUGGUACAUCUGUAUAAGUGGAUUUACCUGGUACAUAUGUAUAGGUGGAUUUACCUGGUUCAUCUGUAUAGGUGGAUUUACCUGGUACAUCUGUAUAUUGAUUUACCUGGUACAUCUGUAUAGGUGGAUUUACCUGGUACAUCUAUAUAUUGGUUUACCUGGUACAUCUAUAUAAGUGGAUUUACCUGGUACAUUUGUAUAGGCGGAUUUACCUGGUACAUAUGUAUAGGUGGAUUUACCUGGUACAUCUGUAUAGGUAGAUUUACCUGGCACAUCUAUAUAGGUGGAUUUACCUGUAACAUAUAUAUAUAUAUAGGUGAAUUUACCUGGUACAUCUAUAUAUAGGUGAAUUUACCUGGUACAUCUAUAUAGGUGAAUUUACCUGGUACAUCUAUAUAUAGGUGAAUUUACCUGGUACAUCUAUAUAGGUGGAUUUACCUGGUACAUCUGUAUAGGUGGAUUUACCUGGUACAUCUGUAUAGGUGAAUUUACCUGGUAAUGUACCUGGAUAUAUUCCUACAGGAGAGGUUACACUUAGAAAUCACCCAAUAAAUGCAAUCACCUUAAAAUCAUACUCUUUCUCCUACUUUUAAAACUUCGAUAUAUAUUUAUCACCAUGACAACCAGGUUUGGUGUGAAGUAUGAUAUUCUAUUUCUCUCAACAACCCUGACCCUCGAGUCAUAAAAAAUGCAAUUUGUCAUCAAUUUUCUAUCUCGCCUCUUAGCUUUCUCUCAGGUACUUUAUAUUGUGUUUAUUUGAUAUUUUUGUUUGUAUGAUAUGACUUUAUUAAUGUUUUUCUAUACCUUUUCUAAGCAUGUAUAACAUUUCACCUCACCUGGUCUGAAGCAUUCAGUUAAAACAUCGUGCAGUGUUUGUCCAUCUGCCAAAUUAAGUCAGGCUUAACAUGCAUUAAUGAAAAUGGCACACAGUUCUGUUCUUUUAAAAAAGAAAAAGACUCUAAAAUAUGAGCAAGAUUGAAUAUUUUACUGGGAUGUUUAAAAGAUAUUUAAAAAGAAAAAAAUGGCACAACGGAUGAGAUUGAGGCUAUUUAAGUGGAGAUAAAUCCUCUUAUUAAUGUUAGUGCUAAGGACCAUGUACUGUAUAUAAAACUUGUGUCAGAGGUCUGUUAGGGUAUAAAAACACUAUAGCUAUCACUUAAGCUUCAUAAAAAAUAUGGCUUUAUUUUUUAAAUACUUAGUGGAGUAAGAAGAAUAAAUAGGUAGGGCCUCUUGUUUUGUUUGAGUCAAUGUUUCAAGUCCAUUUCAAACUAAUCAAAUCUUAGUCCAUUUAAUAAUAGUCCAUUUCAGUCUUCACAAUUGUCAUCGAGAUUUGAACGUUUCUAAUUUAUACAGAGCUUUAUAUACUAAAAUAUAUGGUGUGACCAUUAUGUACCCACUGAGUAUUAAGUUGCACACAUAUAUGCUAUAAUUAUGUAUAAGGCCAUAUUUUGUUCUUUGAUAAUAAGUAAAAGGAAUAUAAUUUGAGGUUCUCAAAUAUUCCAUGUUCGUAAAAGAAUAAAAUGUGUUCUUAUAUAUAUGCUAGUAAGAAGAUAUGGACAUGCUAUUUAGAUAAAUGUUCUCAUGAAUAUUCUACUAAGAAUUUAUGUUCUCAUGAAUAUUCUAAUAAGAAUAUAUGUUCUUAUGAAUAUGCUAAUAUGGUAUAUGUUCUCAUGAAUAUUCUAAUAUGAAUAUAUGCUCUUGUGAAUGUGCUAAUGAGAAUGUAUAUUCUUUUGAAUAUGCUAAUGAGGAUAUUUGUAUAUUCUUUUGAAUAUGCUAAUGAGGAUAUUUGAUCUUAUGAAUAUGUUACUGAAAAUUUAUUUUCCUAUGAACAUGCUAAUAAGACUAUAAUAGAGUGUUCUUAAUUAUGCUGAAUUCAUAUAGGAAGAUUUGCCCUUAAAAGGAUUAUGUCAUGAAAUGGGUACAUUUUGAAAUAUAUCAUGCUGAAAAUGACACAAUCAUGAAAAUAUUUUAGUUUGCAUGUAUGCAAAUCAAGUAAGUCAACAUUGCUGAAUAAUUCUUUAUUUGUAAGCAUAAAAGUUUGACAUACCAGAUCAUUCUCGAAUAUGGCAUAAUAAUCAAUAUAUAACUCAUUGUUUCAGAUAUUUUACAUUUAUUCAUUUUUUGAUAAUGUUAUAAAAAUUCUUAAGGAAUGACAAUAUAUAUAUAAGGUAUAUCUAAACCAGGCAAUAUUAAGCACUGAAUGCCUUUUUGUACAUGAGCUGAUGGAUGAGAGUGGAGAGAGACGAUGAUGAUCGGUAGCUGUUGAACCACAAUUUUACAUUUCUAUUAUUGUACAUUUGCUAAUAAUUAUUUAUCAAUUUGUUUAAAAGUUUCCUGUUUAAAUAGACUUGUGUUAUAACUAUAUAGCCCGAUGUGUUCUUGUAAGUGUUGAAUCGGUCGAUCGUACGUUGUUCUAUGUUAUAUAUUUCCUGUAUGCCCCGUUCAAUCACAUUACUUACGCACUCAGAUAUCAACCUACCGAGUGUACGCUGUUAACUUCAGCAGCAGGUCCAGGAGGUGUACAACCUUUUUCCCUAAAAAUGAGAUUUUGAGAUUAUUCAUUUUGGUUCACCACCCUGUUUAGGUGGGAGGGUGUAGUAAAGUUCCAGAAAUUUUGAACCCUACAUUCUGGAUCUGUUGUUGAAGUUUUAGGGGUUGGUAGAUUAAAACAUCUAUGCUUAUUGGUUAUUGCCCUAUUUUGUGUUUAUGUUUUGAUGUUCAAUAUUUGUAUCACUCUGCAAACUUAUGUGCCAAAAAUAUGAUUAUACUAUUUGUACAGUGUCUGUAGAUCUUGUUUAUCGAAGUGUCUGUAUGUCGAUACUGAUAUCGUUUUAUCUAGUGGUCGGAUCAGGAUCAUCAUACUUUAUAUUUGUCGGCUUUUUUUACAUUAUUUCUUUAAGCAAAACAAAAAAUUCUUUUUAAAAAAAAAACAAAGAUAGUGAUUUACAAAGAAGAUACAUUAAUAAAACCAAAAUAUAUUUGAUUUUAUAUUUUCAUUAUUUUAUUGAACAAAGAUCAUUUGUUUUGAUAUACUUUUGAGUCUACCCAGUAAUGACACUCAAGGUAUGUUUGAUUUUCUCACAAAAGCUACAAACUGUUACAUAAAAAUCAGGUUUAUUUGUAAAACUUCAAAUAUUAUAUGUGCUCAAUAGCUCCAGGAGCUACAAUAGGUGGAGUCAUGUAGGUGGUAAACCAGUUACUACCGAUUGCUAACAAAAUUUGGAGCUCAAACAUUAUCAGUCACAAACACAUUAUAAACUGACUUUGAAUGGUUUCUGUUGCAGUAUGAAAGAUAGUAUAAGUAAUGAUAUACCUCCUUAAAUGCCAAAUUGAUGAGGUGAUUUUUCAGUGUCAUCUUAGUAAUUAUUUUCGUCGGAAAGCCAAAGAUCAGGAAAGUGAGAAAAUAGUACUACAUGUACCUUUGUCUGUGAUUUCUUAUACAAGAGCAUCAAAUCAGAUUUGUCAUAUUAAGGAACCUGAGCAUUCAAAUUCUCCUUGUUAUCUUUACAUCUGGUUGCAAAAGGACUCUUGAAUGGAAUCUAUUGAUUGAAAAAUAAAAACAAAUUUCAUCUUUCACACCUUUCAAAAGAAAAAAAUAUCAAAACUUGAAAUAUUUCAAAUUUUAAAAAGCCUGACAUUGAUGUUUUGCAAACAAAUCUUGGAGCAGUUAUGACAUUUUCACUUUAUUCAUCAAGAUGACUGGAGUAACUUAUGAGAAAUUACCUGUUGUUAAAUGGGACAUCUCUUGUGUUAAGGCUGUGGUAAAUCUUUUAAAAAUCUUAUUGUUCUUUGGUUAAUUGUAAAAAAGAAAAAAUACUGCUUAUUUUAAGGAAUGCUUUGAAAAUGAAAAAAAAUCUUCAUAGAAGAAUUGACAUAUUCUACGCAAAAAUUUUACUAGUAAUAUUUCAUUUUUAAUUGUUAAAACUUUUUUAAUUUCCAUAUUCAUUUUAUAAAUAUUUUUCCUGUUUUUUUUAUGAGAUUUUACCUUAUUUUUACUAUCAUUAAUCUUAACUGUAGUGACCACUUUCCAGUGCAUGAAAAGUAAACCAAGUUACAAGAAUAGACUCCUUACUGUUACUGCUAUUUAUACAAUAGAUGGUAGUGACUUUUCAUCACUUAGUACCUGUUGCCAUGGCAACCCAGAGUCAGUGUUUAGUCUGAGAACAGGUGAUGCUGUGUCACACAAAGAAUCUGAGAGACAAAUGACAUAAAGAAGCCAUUUUACUAUACAAAAACAGUUUUUUAUUUUCAUUAUACUUUCAAAUCAAAUAUUUAAAUAAUUUUAUAAUUACAAUCAAAUAUGUUACUGAUGAUUUUGCUGGGUUACCUGUACGGUGUGCGAGUUGUUAGCCUAGACUUUUGAGUCUUUCAUUUUUUGUUUGUUUUGUGACAAUGUCAUGUGACACCUUAAUCACCGCAUCACAUGACCUUUUUGUACCAAAGUGAGAUGAUCAUGUGACUUUUAUAAUCCCAGGACCAAGUCAUUGGAUUUUCGUCGUGGGGACAUCUAAAAAUCAUGAAAAAAUGUAUGUUACAUAAAUAUACCACUACGUGGAUUUUAUUUAAUGUAGUAAUGAAAUUUGUCGUAACUGAUAAUCACUCUUAUCAAUGUCAAUGUCACAUGGUCAUGCAAUAUUUUCAAUAUCAUUUGGUCGUGUGAAUGUUUAUAUCAGAUGCUUGAUGACCAUUAUGAUGUCAUGUGAUCUGACCACUACUGACCGCUGGUCAAUUCUUAGCCAUAAUGACACUUUCUCUAGAUGCCUUCAUUGCCCGUUUAUUCAUGUACAUUUCAGUAAUUUGCAUAUUAUAUGAUACUAGUAGAAACCAAGUGUACUUGACAAGAAAAUUAAAAGAAAUAUGAUUUUCCUAUAUAACACAA